CAGCUGACGAAGUGCACGGGUGUCUGUCUUCCUUUCCAUCGCUAAGACUUAUCAGGAUUCCAUCGUCUAUAACGUUUGUGUUUGUAGUGUUGUGAUUGUCGGAUCAAAGACGUUCGUUAUGCCGGGAAACGAUUUUCGCGCAGGACUGAAAAAAUGGGUGCAAGAAGAAGGCGCUGUGAAGAAUGCUCUUAUCAUCGGAUUGGCGGAACUGAUCGGUACAGCUAUGCUAGUGUUCUUGGGAUGUAUGGGAUGUAUUUCUGGUCUCGGUGUCGUGCCUUUCCAUUUACAGAUAACGGUGACAUUUGGUUUAACGGUUAUGGUUGUAAUUCAGUGCAUCGGCCAUCUCAGUCAAGCUCACAUUAAUCCAGCCGUCACUGUGGGAGCUGUCAUUCUUGGGAAAAAAACCAUUUCCGAAGCUUUAGUUUACUUUGUGUCACAGAUGAUGGGUGCCAUUCUAGGUUACGGUAUGUUGAAGGUAGUGACACCGAAAGACAAUCUAACGGCUGGCAAGGUCGAUCAAGCCGAUAUGUUUUGCGUGACUGGUCUCCACCCCGAUCUGUCCGGGAUUCAGGGUUUGAUUAUCGAGGGGAUCGCGACUGCCAUUCUGAUAAUGGUAGUGUGUUCUAUUUGGGACCCAAGAAACGAGAAAAAUUCAGACUCAGUGCCGAUCAAGUUCGGUUUAACGGUGAUUGUGUUAGCGACCACAACCGGACCUUACACCGGUUGCAGUAUGAAUCCCGCGAGGUCGUUCGCGCCGGCAUUGUGGAAUAACCAGUGGAGGCAUCAGUGGGUCUAUUGGUUCGGACCGAUCGGCGGCGCCUUGAUUUCCUCAUUCAUGUACAAAUCUAUCUUCGGUAUUCCCGAAAAAAUCGAAGAAGAAGAACCUGUACCUGAAGCUGUCGCGCUUAACAGCGUGGAAUCCAACAAAACAGAGCAGUCCUAAUUUGGCGAGAAGGACGGAUACAACGACCGAACUAACAAGAAGCUAAAACUCGAUCAAUGUUUCCUCAAUGCAAGAAAAACCUUCCGGACUUGCGGGAGAGAUAGGGUAAGAUAGGUGCUUCAGAAUGCAUGGGAGAUUCAAUGGCGAGUCCAGAUGGCCAGGAUCGCAAGGGGAGCUUCCGAAGCUCAACCAGGAUAUACUCACAAUACCUGGGGUACACAGGAUAGACAAUCGUCUCGAUUCGACCGCUGAAUAGUACGUGUUAGUCGUCAACGUAAACUGACGCAGCAGUCAUCACAUGUGUACACCAUGUACAACCGCAAGUCACGCCGUUUCUCUCAUUGUCAGUCAACUUUAGAAACGCGCAUCAUUAUAAAUCAUUGCCUUCGACAAUCUGGUGUAAACUUAACUGGAUUAAAGUAGAGAAUGAGACGCGUAACUAUCGUGACGAAAUAGGAUAAAAUAAGGCAGAAAAAAAAACGUAACCGCAUUGAUACAAUAGUUUUUCACGACUUUUCGCGUGGUCCUUUGCUUUACUUUACGUUCACGACUAUACGACAGUUACAUCUCGUUCUCUGCCAUCAGCUUAAAAUAACAGUAAGUGAAAAUCAACAUUCAAGUUCGAAUCAACAUUCGAAUUGAAUUAAAACUUGACUGUGAUCCAAUUAAAUUAAUACACCUCCAAUUUCAUCGAGUCUAAUUAAGUGUAGCGUGAUGUCUGCCUAUUUAUUCAGGGAUUUACACUGUCUCGGUAAAACUCUUGUGUGAUGCGUGAAAGCAAUCUUGACAUGCGAUAAAACGUUAAUUAUAAUUAUAAAAUUUAAUUAUAAUUAAAAUGUGAAAUUAAUUCCAAGUGAACUGUUAUUUUACCACUUUCUCUCUGUAACAUAGUGUAUAUUCGUUUGUUAUAAAUGCCCAGAUCAUCUAAAAGAGUUUAUUGCGUGUGUACAUAUAUUUACUUGCUCUUUUUAUCCAUUAUGUGUAUACGCUAAAGAUAAGUUACGCACCUGCGGCUUGAUGGUGAGAAUGUGUAGCGAAAAAAUAAAUUUUAUAAAUAUACCUAGUCAUACACGCAUGUGCGUUAACAUUUUAAUUUUUAUUAUACGCGAUUUAACGAUGAAUAAAAUUAUAUAUAAUACACAAAACUUGUGCUAUACUUUUGCUCUCUUUGUUCGCCUCCCGAAUGAUUUUACAUAGUUGUACGUAAUCCAUUUAUACUUUGCAAUACCUUCACGCGGUAUCGCUUGACGAAUCGUUUCCAUGUUAUUCGCUCAAUUAAGCAGAGCAGACCAUUUUGUACUCGCGUUUGUUAGUCGUCUGAUCCGCCGGAAGCGGAAAUGUCGAUUCCCGUGCGGCCGACCGAUGACUUUUUACGAACCUAUUUUUUUGUUGCAUAGAUGCACCAUACACACAUUCGUUAUUUCUAUAGUUAUACGGGUAUAUACUAGCCUGGAGCUAUUGCUAUGGCGGGAAAAGAGUUACAUUCGCCGGGGAAAAGGAUCCUUUCCUGCCGAUAUGGCAGCUGUCGACAAAAC